AUGACGCUUGACGUCGUUGAGCGGGCCUUGAACGAAGCAGGGAAGGCCAGCGUCCGAUUUGACGGCAAUGUACCUCAAAAAGAUAGGCAGCCGCUGGUUGAGAAGUUCAGAAACGACCCGGGUGUCUCAGUCAUGCUGUUGACGCUUUCAUGCGGCGCAGUCGGGAACCCAAACCUCGAGGAGCAAGCGCUCGCUCGCGUGCACCGCAUCGGGCAGACCCGCGAAGUGACAACAGUGCGUCUGUAUGUGCGGGACUCUUUCGAAGUGCAAGUAAUGGAAGUGCAAAAGUCAAAGAAGCAGCUCGCUGGCCUGCUACUUUCGCCUCACGACGGCGGCCAGUCGGAUGAUAGCUUGAGCGGCCUCCAGGGAGGAGCAUUCGGCUUGAUUUGA